AUGUUUGCUUGCUCGGGUGAAGCGUUAACUAAACGUCUACGAGCCAAAGCGUUUCGCGCUAUUCUACGACAAGAAAUAGCAUGGUUUGAUCAUCCAGAUAAUAAUACUGGUGCUCUUUGCACACGUCUGUCAAAUGAAGCAACGAUAAUUCAAGGAGUCGCUGGUGCACGUAUUGGGACAGUGUUGUCAAGUUUUGCUAAUUUAGGCGUUGGAAUGAUUAUUUCAUUUAUUUUCGGUUGGAAAUUAAGUUUAGUUGCUCUUGCAUUUAUUCCUUUUAUGGUAGCUGGUGGUUUCCUACACAGUUAUCUUGUGGAAGGAUACUCUAAUCGAGAUAGUAAAACAUUUGAACGUGCUGGAUCGUUGGCUUUUCAAGCAUUCCAGAAUAUUCGUACUGUCAGACAAUUAGUUUUGGAAACACAAUUCAUUAAUGAUUAUUGUCAUCUACUUGAUAUUCCAUAUAGAUCAUCAAUUAGACGAGUUUAUAUUUUUGGGUUGAUCUAUAGUUUUACUACAUCAACCACUUUCUUUUCCAUGGCAGCUGUAUUUUCUUAUGGUGGUAUGCUUGUUGAACAAAAUGUGAUGUCAUUUAAAAAUGUUAUGAUAGUUGUAAAUAGUAUGAUAUUUGGUGCACAAAGUUUUGGACAUCAUGCAGCAAUGGCGCCUGAUUAUGGAAAAGCUGUUUCAGCAGCACGACGAAUGCUUGAAUUAUUCGCUCGAGAACCGAAAAUUUCUAGUGAUUCACGCGGAUUGAAGCUGAAAAAUUUUACAGGUAGUCUUCAAUUGAAAGGAGUCAAUUUUGCUUAUGCUACACGACCUCGUGUACCAAUAUUGAAUAACUUCAAUCUUGAUAUCAAGAGUGGUACGAGUGGUAAUGGCAAAAGUACAAUAUUACAUCUACUUGAACGUUUGUAUGAUAUUCAAAGUGGAUCAGUCCUUAUUGGUUCGAAAGAUCUUCGUGAUGUCAAUUUGAAUUGGUGGCGUUCUCAAAUCGCUAUUGUUACACAAGAACCAGCAUUGUUCAAUGUGUCAAUUGCAGAAAAUUUUGCUUAUGGUGAUUUGUCGCGAUACGUGACAAUGGAUGAGAUUAUCGAAGCAGCUAAAAAUGCCAAUAUUCAUGAUUUCAUUCAACAGUUACCACAGGCACUUACUGAAGGCUAUGAUACUUGUGUGGGUUCUAAAGGUGAUCAAUUAUCAGGUGGUCAAAAGCAACGCAUAGCUAUCGGUCGAAUUUUCAUUCGAAAUCCAAAAUUAAUCUUACUCGAUGAAGCUACAUCAGCCCUCGAUACUGAAAAUGAGAAAGCAAGAAUGAUUGUCGAAUCUUAUAAUCAUUUUAUUGUAUUCAUAUAG